AUGAAUGCGGCAAAAGCAGCCAAACGAUCUGCCCUGGCCGCCUCUCAAGCGAGCGACUUUUGCCAACCCGACGGAGGGUUCACCAGUUUCUACCGAACCUGCAUCCAGUGCCUCGACCUGGGCCCGAACCGCGUGGUCGUGACCGUGGCCCAGCAGGAAACAAUCACGUCGAUACUCCUCGCCAUGAAACCCUGCGGACUGCCAAGCGACCUGCCCAAGCCCGCUUUCGAGCGCGUAAGCGACGGGCCGGCCGACAAACUGUACAUGUGUGCAGACGACCCGACCUCGUCCACCAGCCCAAGCAGAGCCGUCAACUCGACCGCGCCCAUCGGAUCGUCCACGCCCAUCGGCUCGUCCACCACCUCGACGCCGUUGCAGAGUCAGACUGCGCCACCGCCGCCGGCAUCUCAGAAGUCGGAAGAAGCGGGCCCGGGCCCGAGUUGGAUCGGCGCGGUGGUCGGCAUCGUGCUCGGAGGGGUUUUAUGCGUGGCGCUGACCGUUUUUCUCUUCUUUUGGAUUAGAAAACGCAAACGGCAGCGGCGCUUGUGUGAUGCAGGCGGCAGGGCUGAUGUGUACGCCAAGGCUGAGCUUCAUUCCGACGGGAUUGUGCAGAUCGAGCCCCAGGAGAUGGCGCUCAAUCUGCCAAAGCCAAGUGAGCUUCAGGUCUACGAGGUUCCUGUUGAAGUCAAUGGGGAUUCAGUCCUGGGGGCUAACUGUAGGUGCAAUAGAUUUAUGGAGACAGCACCAUAA